CAGUUUUAAGACACUCAGAGAGAGAAGAGAGAGGAGAGAGAGAGAGAGAGCUCCAUUACAGUGAAACCUAGAAGAAAUAAAAACUCUUACUAAUCUCUCUUCUGCUUCUUCAAUACGCGUUUUUUCUAGUUAGAGAUCGAGCUCUCUGUUCCUCCCGCAACAUUAUAGUACCAUUGUAGAACUGAAUUCCUCGUACAACCCAAAACAACAAACUACAACAACACACGUCUCGUUAGAACGUUGUACAGAACCCAAAACCAAAACCAAAACAAGAAACAAGAAACGCAGAAACCCCCCCCCAAAUAAAAAAAGAAACGAAACCCGUUUCGAAAUGGACUUGUAUGGGCGAAACUCGGCCAGAAAUGGGCCCCAAUCGGGUCAACAACAACAGCAGCCCGAGUGGACCCCUUCUGGUACCGAGACUGGACUCGAAGAGUCGAUGUGGCAGUUGGGGUUGAGGGGUAGUGAAUCGUACCCGGAGAGACAGGGGGUACCCAAUUGUGUGUACUAUAUGAGAACUGGGUUCUGUGGAUAUGGUAGUAGAUGCCGUUACAAUCACCCUUAUGAUCGCGCUGCGGUUGCAGAAGCAGUAAGAGCUACAGGGGAGUACCCGGAGCGACCAGGGGAACCUGCAUGUCAGUAUUAUUUGAAAACUGGGACGUGUAAAUUUGGCGCGUCCUGCAAAUUUCACCAUCCAAAAGAUGGAGGUGGAUCAUUGAGCCAAGCUCCACCAAAUAUUUAUGGAUACCCGUUACGACCGGGUGAGAAAGAAUGCUCCUAUUAUUUGAAAACGGGGCACUGCAAAUUUGGUCUAACUUGUAAAUUCCAUCAUCCUCAACCAGCUGGCACCUCAAUGCCAGCGUCUGCACCUCAGUUUUAUCCACCGGUGCAGUCUCCUUCGCUUCCUACGCCUGACCAGUAUGGGGGUGCAUCCACCAGCUUGAGAGUUCCUAGGCCUCCGCUAAUACCUAGUUCUUAUGUGCAAGGAACUUAUGGGCCUCUGUUACUUCCCCCAGGGGUUGUUCCUAUUCAGAGUUGGAAUCCUUAUUCGGCACCUCUCAGCCCUGUACUAUCUCCUGGUGCUCAACCUGCAGUUGGACCAACUCCUCUGUAUGGAGUAACACCAUUAUCUUCAUCAACUCCUGCACUUGCAAGACCUUAUCCCUCGUUCCCCUCUUCAGCUGAUCCUUCAAGCAGUAACCAGAAUCAACAGUCAUUUCCUGAGAGACCUGGCGAACCUCAAUGCCAGUACUAUAUGAGAACAGGGGACUGUAAAUUCGGAUCAUCUUGUCGAUAUCAUCAUCCUCGUGACCGGGUUGUUCCCAGUACUGUUCUCAGUCCCAGUGGUCUCCCCUUGCGUCCGGGGAUGCAACAUUGUGCAUUCUACAUGCAAAAUGGUCAUUGCAAGUUUGGGUCAACAUGUAAAUUUGAUCAUCCGAUGGAGGCAUAUAGUCCAUCAGCAUCAUCUCUCAUCGAUAUCCCAAUUGCUCCCUACACAGUUGGGUCUUUGCUAGCUACUGUGGCUCCUUCAUCCUCUUCUUCAGAGCUUCGACCUGAAUUGAUUUCAGGUUCUUAUCCAACCAGAAUGCCUUCUUCUGGGAAUACCAGUAGUUCAGUUGGUUUAAUUUUUUCUCAAACUGGGCCAGUUUCACUAUCUGAAGUGCAACAUUCAAGUCAAAUUUCUUCCCCUUUAAGCGGUGGCAGAAGCACAAGACAAGGUGGUGAGGUUCGUCGUUCAAGCUAAUGCAAAACCUAGAUGAGCCAUUCUUCAUUAUCUUCUGAAUUUGGUUUCAGCAGCAUAAUUGUGCUUCUGUUUAUAGAUCUGUAAGUCUUUACUAGUCAAUUCUCUCAAUUGUGUAGAGUUUCAUUUUGCACUGUUAAGGACUACCAACCAAUUUGGUUUACCUCACACUUGGACUCAUCAUCUCAUGUCAUCUAUAUACAUCCAUGAAUUCCAUACGUUAUAGUAUUUAUACAUUUAUAUAAAACUGAGGAAGUGUCUUUAAAGGUGUUUCC